ACGACUCUCGGAAAAUCCCAUUAUGAGCGGUGGGUCCAGCAAAGUAAUGCCGACGCCGACGCGGAUGGACAUCUUAUGGCCGGAAAAACCUGCGACUUCUUCCGAUGCAGACCAUCAGAGCUACAUCAUCGGAUGGCGGCUGGAAGAUCGUCUCAUUUGUGUGGCCUCGGUGCUUCCAGUCUCCAAGUGCGUCGCCAGCAAACUCCAGCAGGAGGUGGACGCCCUGUCAAAACGCUUUAGCGCCACGUCCAAGGAAUACUCGCCGCCCUUGACCGUCCUCGGUACGAUCUCACCUGCCCAAGUCUCGACCACAGCCAACAUGCCACCUGGUGUAUCUCGGCACCCCCUCUGGCUCGACAUGACCUGGCACCGCGACCAUCGCCGCCCGGCCGUUCGUCAAGUGCAGGAACACGGCAAGCCGGUCGUCGUGACCACAUGCCACAUCGUGUUGUACGACGCCACGUUCUCGAAACAUCAGCGGUACCGCCACUUGACCAUUCGAAAGCGCCAGCGGGAGUCCACCACUGGCGCCGAAGGGGACUGCACGCCCCUGCAGACCGCCAUCUUCCACCUGAACCACGCGUUUGAAAUCGAGCAAUGCCUGGUGGGCUACACCCGACGAGACCCCCCCUCGUAUAUGCUAUCGAAAGUGCAAUCCAUGCUCAGCUGGUCGCUGGCGUUCGCGUUCGCGUUGUGUCGGCCCGUGUGCCACGUGUUGUCGUGGCUGCUCACUGCGCACUUUCCGGCCAAGAUGCCGCUAUAUGGAGGCCACCAAGUGAAGUCGUUGUCGUUGUUCCUGCGACUGCUCAAUCGACGCGUGGCCAUGAUCGCUAGCAUUUCCGAGAAAUAUGUGAAAUUCAACCGCGAGUACUAUUCAGACACACCGUUCCACGUGUUAGAGAGUGGGUACGCCGAGUUUAUGAGCGACUUGGCGCUGUUCGGACUCGACCUCGUGGGCGGGUACACGUACCGCGCCGUGGUGCCGACUGCAAUUGCGUACUUUCAACAAUCGAGUCAUUCGCAUUUCCGAACGCUCAAAGCCCAAGUCACUUGGCUCGUGGAUGCCCCCGCGGGGUUCAAAAUCAACGUGGCGCUGGCGUCCAGCUUGACCAAGGGCAUCCACUUGAUGGUCGACGUGGCUCAGUACGCCAUCGACGGGCUGUCUCCGUAUGUCGGCAUCAUGCUUUGGGUGGCGAGUGCCGCGAGUGUGCUGGGGCUGUCGGUGCAGUUGGGGCUGCUCUACGACUUCGUCGAGUUUGUCACCAUGCAAACGUACUACUUGUACCUGUACUUUUCCAAACUGCAUCGUGUUCAGUUUGACUUGCUGUCGUCGUUGUGGCGGCUGUUUCUGGGCAAGAAGAAGAACUUGCUGCGCAACCGCGUCGAUUCGUGCGAGUAUGACGUUACCCAGAUGCUGGUCGGUACGUUGCUGUUCACGAUCGUGUUCUUUGUCGUGGCCACCAAUUCCGUAUACUACUUGUACUUUUGCCUCGUUCGGUGCAUUGUGUUGGGCAUUCAGGUACGUACUGUAUGUAGGUAGUACUCAUUCGGUACCAAAGUACCUAAUUUGUUGUCAGACGACCCUGUGGUGUGCGAUCGUGUUUUCGCAAAUGAUUCCGCUGUACUCCAUUGCCCUGUGGGUUCAAGACCAGUUCCAGUUCCCUGCUGACGUGUACUUGCGCCCCGUGCGCCUUCCCAACGCGCUCUCCAUCGCGUUUCCCAACGUCCAUCAGUCCAAGUGCUUUGUCGACGACGACUUUCCUCCCACCGACAACCACGAUGCAUCUCCCUCGACGACGGCCAUCCCCACGGCAUACUUUACCUUGCAUCCUGUCGCCCUCUCCUUUGGAUCCCUCUUUACUCGGGUCUCCGAGUAUGGGAGUGCGUUGGCCAAGCACUAUACUGUGGGCAAGUUCCUGCGUUGCUUUCUGCUAGGAGAGUACAUUCCCGCCCUUCCUUUCGAAGCCACUCCCAUGCGCAUGGACGAGUCCACGUCCAUGUCUGCCAUGACGUCCGCCCAGUUGAUUGACGCGUUGCGCGCUUGCCGCUGGGAGUAAACUCCAGGAAACCCAUAAUAUGAAAAUGCUGUUUUGACCAA